AUGCGUCUAUCGGUUGCCAUUGCUCUGGCUACUGCCAUCCAAUUCGUUGGGGCUCACUAUACUUUCCCCCAGUUCAUUGUCAAUGGGACCACGUCAAGUGAAUGGGAAUACGUUCGCAUCACAGAAAACCACUGGUCUAACGGACCUAUUCAAGAUGUGACCAGCAACGCGUUCCGCUGCUUCGAACUCGACUCUACAUCUGCCAGCCAAACCAACACGGCUACCGUUCGGGCUGGCUCCACUGUUGGCUUCAAGGCCUCCAACACCAUGGGUCAUCCUGGUUAUUUCUCGGCCUACAUGACGCCAGCGUCCCCGGCCGCCAACUCGAACUCGGCUGGGACAGGAAACACAUGGUUCAAAGUCUGGGAGUGGGCUCCGGGAUGGUCGGCCAGCACCGGUCUGAUCUUUGACUCUAUGAACAUCAACGAAGUGUCCUUUCCUAUCCCCGCCAGCUUGCCCAAUGGGCAAUACCUGAUUAGGAUUGAACAGAUUGCUCUCCACAUCGCCAGCAACUUCGGCGACGCUCAGUUCUACAUUGGAUGUGCUCAAGUUAAUGUUGUUGGAGGCGGGAACGGCUCGCCUUUCCCGACUACUUCCUUCCCUGGUGCAUACACCGGUAAUGAACCCGGCAUUAAACUUAACAUCUACGCACUCCCUGCUGGGUACUCUGGCUACACUCCUCCCGGACCUCCUGUGUGGCAUGGUUGA